CAGUAGGCCGGAAGUUCCGGUACAGUAUACACUAGUUCCUUCUCCCAAAGAAACCGAAUUGGCUCGUAGAAUAUAGUAUUAUUAAUGUGAUAUGUAUUUUUCGCUGCACUUUUUCCGUCACGCUACACUCCAGUCCGUCGUUUGUGACGCUCAUGCACCACUCAGCUGGUUUGCUAACCGGCCUAUAAACACCACAGAAGGAGAACGGUCACGAGCCGAAAGUAGUCCCAGCCCAGCCCUCGGCGUUAGCAUUAGCAUUAGCAGCAGCAGCCGCCAUUUUCCAUUCUUACGCCCGUGAACGCUGGCCGCAUCUUUAAAAGGAGUGAAGCGUAAAAAGUCACAAUGGUGAAAAUAUUCGUGGGGAACCUGUCGCCCGAGACCACAUCAGACGAGCUGCGAUCGCUCUUUUCCCAGUAUGGCAAAAUCGCCGAGUGCUCCAUUCUGAAGAGUUUCGGCUUCGUGCACAUGGACAGCAAGGCGGAAGCGGAGGAGGCCAUCCGCAACCUCCACCAGUAUCAGCUGAACGGCCAGGCCAUGAACGUGGAGCUGAGCCGCGGCAAGACGAGAGGCUCCACCAAGCUCCACGUCGGCAACAUCGCCUGCACCAACCAGGAGCUGCGGGCCAAGUUCGAAGAGUACGGUGUGGUGGUGGAGUGCGACAUAGUUAAAAACUAUGCCUUUGUUCACAUGGAACGCAUGGAGGAUGCAAUGGAGGCCAUUAAUCAGUUAGACAACACUGCUUUUAAAGGCAAACUGAUGAGCGUGAAGCUUUCGACUAGCCGCCUCCGUACUGCGCCGGGAAUGGGAGACCGAUCGGGUUGUUAUCGUUGCGGGCAGGAAGGCCACUGGUCCAAAGAAUGCCCGCUAGAUCAAAACGGCUACCACAGAAACGGCUCAGAGCCAAACUCUGAUGGAUUCGAUGCCUCGAGAUUUGACGGGCGUGCUCAGAACCGGGCUUAUCAACCGGGCUUCAGCGGCGCGGAAGCGGAAUUUGGCGCCGGCUACGUUCCUGCGCCGGGCGUUACCCGUGGCGCCGGUCACAGCAGCAAUACGGCGGCGUACAGAGCGGGUCCGGGCUACGAGAAUGCAGCGAGAUUCGGGCCGCAUCCAGGUUACGGUGUGUCCGGCACCGGGGCCGCAUACCAGGGCGACGGCUCGUUCUAUGGCGCGGUACCAGGGUUCCCGGUGCGGCGGUCGCCUUACGAGGAGCGAGAUCCGUACGGAGUUGUGGACUACUACGGGAAGUACAGGGCCAAUAUGUACGGCGCCGGUUUUUACGAGGAACAGCGCGCUGUGCCUACGCCUGCUCCGACAGCGGCCACCACUACGCCUGUUAUGAGGGAACGCGGGCCGUCGUCUAGCACCGACACAUUUCAGUGUCCCCAGGUCCCUCCUGCGCCGACACCGGCACCGGUGCCCCCAUUCCACACACGUGACCGGAGUCCGAUUCGGCGAGUCCCCGCCGAGGGCGAAGCAUACACGUUUCCGGGUUCGCAGAUCCCCACGGUGGCCAAUUCUACCAAUAAGUACUACCUCUAAGUAUCCGCGGGAUCCCGGCGACGUUUGUCUCACGCAGACGACACGACAGCUGACUCGUGGUCGAGCUUAACCAUUUAGCAAGUCGCCAUUAGAAUUACCGAAUGGGAAAUCCAGUUGGUCAUGUGUCAAAACAAAACAAAAAAAAUAUAUAUCCCAUUCAGCAGUGGCUAUCAACUUUGAUAGCCAGAAAGUCGGUGUGACUACGUUCACACACCACUCCAUUUGAAAGUAGCAACAUUGGAUCCAGUCAGUGUAAUAUAAAUUAGUGCAUGCUGCAUGUAUUUUAUUUUUAUUUUAUUUUUUAUUUCUUUUGGGCGAGUCAUGAACAUGUUUUUUUUUUUUUUUUUUUUUUUUGCUUUUUAGUGUAGUUGUGAGACUAACAGUGUAGCGACGUAUGAGGCAAUGGUGUAACAUGUAAAUACUAUGCUUAAAUUGCCUACAAUUUGCUUUAGACCUAGAUGUCGCAUCUAAAUGGGGCUGUUCCAGUUGGAUUGCCUCCAUUUUUUUUCGUACAGUUUAAUAGGAAUGUCUUUGGGUUAUCGUAAAAAUUUGUGAUAUUGCUGUAAAUCCUCCCCACCCCCAAUAUUUUUCCCCCCCUCAAAAUUUGAUUUCAUAUUGACCUUUUGAUGUCUUUGUUGCCUCCAAAAUAAAUGGUUGAAGUCAACUUUUGGUUGUUUCAAUACAAUGUUUCGAAGUGAGUGGUGAGACGAAUGCAAACUAUAUCACUCCACUGUUCAUAGCUUGAAUGCACAUGUACCGUAAAUGUUGUCUGCCAUUCAUUAUUAGCAGACAACACGAGACUUGGAUAACAGGUGCUCUAUUUUCUUCGGCUCUCAAUGGUCACCGGUCAAUCACAGGGCACAGAAAAGCACUCGUUCACACCGAUGGACAAUUUAGUCGACAAUGAAAUUAACGUGCAUGUUUCGGGGAAUAUGGGAGGAAGCCAAUAUUUGAGGCCUUUAGAGCUGUGAUGUAGUUGCCACUAUCAUGUGGGAUAACUCGUGAUGAGCAAAUGCAGCUUUUGUGAAGGACUUGGGCUAAUUGUUUCGAAAAUGACUUAGUAAUUCCAUGAAGCUUUAGCAACAGUGACUUCAGCUGACGAAAAGGUUUUAAAACAUCUUUGCUUUGAAUUAUUAUUAUUAUUAUAUAUAUUUUUUUUUUGAUGCGCACACACACACACUAUGACUGAAUAUAGAAAACCUGUAAUUUCUUUGUGUCCAGUUCUCUAGGAAGAUCAUUUGCAGGGUGUUGGUAAGCAAUUUUUGCCCACAAGUCUGUACGAAAAGAAAUGUACCUGACACAAAUGACUUAUUUGAGACAAAAAGAGGGGAACAAUUAAAUGCAGUUAAUUCUUUCCAGUUGUAUUCAGUUAAUGUUCGUGUUAAAGUAAGGGGAAUUUUGAGAAAAUAGGUAAAAGAUAAAAUCAUAUGAACGUUUGAACACAACGGUUCUAGAUAUAUUUUUUUUAUAAAUUAAAGGUUCAUGGCGCAAAAGCAGCAUUCAAUACAGGUCUAUGAGACGCUAACGUGCUUGGCCAUUCCUGUGCAGCAGGGGGCGAUAGCAAAAGCACAAAGAAGAAAAGUCGCGAGCAGGCUCCCAGUUUGAAGCAAGAAAAAGAGUGGCGCUGGGUUAACGGGUUAUUUUACUCCAACAUUUCUUGAAGGAAACAUUUCGCUAGUUUUCGAUUAGGCCAGGGGUCGUACGUUAGUUGUUUGCAUCAACGUUGGUGUACGUAUCGCUGCAAGGCUUUCCAUGGUGACAAAAGCGAAUGUUAAAAAUAUCUAGAAUCGCAAACGCUGACGUCACUAUGUUUUUCAGGUUUACCGAGUUCAAAGUUUAUAUUUUACUCUUUGGACGUGUAUCUCCACUGUUGUCAUUUGCAGAGGUGGCAAAAGUACUCUACUUAUGUAGAACUAUAUACGCUUUUUUUGGGGGGGGGGAUAUGUAUUUAAGUACAAGAGUAAAAUUGAUAUAUUAUUUUUCAACUACCAGUUAAAUUCAAUAGCCGUUUUGGUAACUUGGCACAACGAGCAAGAAAAAAGAAAACUCCUAAAUGAUGACAGAAUAAUCAGGACAGAACUGACAUCUACACCUGCUCAAUAUAACAAAAAUGCGAAAGGAAAUGAUCCAUGUCUAAAAUGAAAUUAAAAAAAAUACGUGGAACGCUGAAAAAAAAGACCUGGUAUAGUCAAGCUUUAAAAUAUUCCAGAAAGGGAGAAACAUUCCAUGAACAGAAGGACUUUAAAAAAAAAAAAAAAGACCACAUAACACAAGACCUUUUAAAUAAUUUUUUAAAAACCAUUUUGUAGGGCCUCUUUUUUUGUGUUCUCAGACAGACUUAUUUGUGGCCACAAGUCGGCGCCAGCGAGUGAGCCUUCGUCGACUUAACUUCCGGGUCACGUUUUGGCGGGAAAGUGUUUUCUGCCUUACCCGGAAGUGGCGGCGAUUUUGAAUUUCGUUGGUGACGCUUUCCUUUGCGGCCUUUGCCUUGUGAGGUGUGGCGCUAAUUGGAGACAGGUGUGCACCAGGGCGCCACGACGCGCAGGCAGGCGCGCUAAUGGCCACCAGCAUCAAAAUGGCAAGCGACUAAGCUGCGUUUUCUCACGCCAGCAAGCAAAUGUUUGUUGUUUGUAACAGUGGCAAUGUGCUUGUUGCAGGCUUUGCACUGGCAGAGGCGCAUCAGCGUGGAAGGAAAGGUUUGUGCAUGGGUUUGCUUGAGCACAGCAUGUUCACACUUCACUUUGGGCUUAGCACGUUUUAGUUUAAAAACAUUUGAUGCUGGCCAGAUCUCGUGUAUUUUUUUUUUUUAUUUGUCAAUGAAGUGUGAAGGUUUUGUCACUGACUAAAUGUUUGGUUGUUUUAAUUAAGUGUUCAUGUAACAUGAUUCUUUUUUUUUGUUUUUGUUUGUAUUUUAUUUACGGUGGUAAAUUGUACUUUGAUUUUUGUCUUCAUGAAUUUCCUGGAUGGUGUAAUCAAGUCGGCUGUCUACAUAAAAAAAAGUUUUUGUGUGUUUUGAAAUCUGGUGUUUCAAUACAUUACUUUUUUUUCUCAAUUUUCAUGUGGAGUUUUCUAUUGUAUUUAUUUUUGCAAGCUACCUGUUUAAUGAGAUGUUUUAUUUGAAUGCUGCAGAUUUUUUUGGUUUUUUUUGUUUUAAAGUUUUUGUGUUUUUGUAGUUUUAUGGGGUUUUAUGAAGUUUGCUAUCUGGGCGGGUCCCCAAAAAUGUUAUCCCUCAAAAUCUCUGGUAUACGAAUACGUUGUACUUUUGUUUUACUCGCAAUCUUAUUCUUCAUGUGGAAGUGUUUUUUUUUGUUUGUUUUUUUUUUUGUUUUUUUUGUUUUUUUAAAUGAACACACAAAUGUACUUGUUUGAAUUUUUGUCUUACGAAGUUAUGUCAAGGUCGUGUAAUUUAAAAAAAAAAAAAAAAUUACUUUUUACUUUUACUUCUGUUUUCUUGCAGCGCAGCGGUCGCACUGGAUCAGGCAAGGGUAAUGCGUACAAACGCGCAAAUGAAUGAAAAUAUUCCAACUCUCGCUUGUGUGCUUUUGCAGGUUGCAAAACGAGGAGCCCACCGGGUGGGAUGAUGGAAAGGGACGACUCCACAAUCAAGCGGCGCACAAACAAGUUUGUCUGUGUAUCAUUUGUCCGAGGCGCGCGUUAUAAUAGUGAGCAGGAGGGGGCAGAGUACUUUGUGACAGAGCUUUGUGGUUUGUCUUGGUUGACUGUAGCAACAGUUUGUUUUUGGUUGUGUGUUUAGGAAGGUCUGAUUUGUGACGCUGGCAGGCAUGCAAAGGGUUCAUAGGGCUGAUGUUGGGCAGAUGUCGGCGCAGUCGAGUGUUGUUGGCAGGGUCGUGCUUGAGAUGGUCUGUAGUUGUUUGGCUUGUCGUAGUUAACGAUGGCACUUUGGAAGCUGGAGCGGACAAUGCAGGGUUUGGGCAAGGAGUCCAUAGUAUUGGUCAACACACACAAAACAUUUGUCCUCUGUUUUCAGGGUGGAGGAGACGGCGGAUCGGGCGACGCAUCAAGAGGAACUGGACCACGGGCGACGCAUGAAGAGGAACUGGACCAGGUAGCGCCUACCUGAGGGAAGGAGCUGGAAGAGAAGGUGCCCAGGAUGUGGAGGCUCCAAGAAGAUUUUGCAUACUCUUAGUUCUGUCUGGAUGCAAGUCCUCAAGGGUGGGUAUCUUUUCAGCAGUUUUGGUUGUCUGUUGCAGUCUGAGGUUCUUUUUUUCCUCGCAGAACAUAGGACUGAUUCGAUGACUGCAGUGAAGAAUGGCCUCAACGGCUCCUGUGGCAAGCCGUGCUUCCUCAGAAGCCGCAGGAAGUACAUCCUCUGCUGGGCCUUUUUGAGGCUUGAGAUGUUGAUCUCCCCCUUCACGUUCUGAGAGACUGUUUCCCAGGAAGUUGAAGGUCUCGACAGUUGGGCCGCUGUGGCGAAGGAUGCCUCCUGAAGUCCACGAUCAUCUUUACAGUCUUGAGCGUGUUCAGCUCCAGGUUGUAGGUUGCAGCACGACUACCAGCCGCUCCACGUCGUCAAUCCUCAGACUCAUCACAGUCUUUGAGGCCGCUGGAGCGUCGGGUCGCAAGGUGGACGGCAAUCUGUAUCCUCUUCUUGCAGCGCUUCACUUGGAUGCCGGUGCGCUUCCCCGUUCGUCGCCUUCGCCACAGACUGCCCCCCCCCACCCCGGUGAGUAACUUGGGGGAAAAAAAAUUGAGCAGAUGCUUGUGUAGUGCUGUGAAAUAUUGUUGGAUAUGGAUUUCAAAAAACAAAAAAGCAAGUGGCACAGCUUAUUUAUUUUUUGCAGGUACAUAAGGAUCUGGUUGGGAUGAGGAAAAGUAACAAUUUCACAUCGAAUUGAAGAACCAAGUGUGCAUAUUCUCUCUGCAGGGUGCAUGUCCAAUGGUGUAUAGUAGGGGGCAGAGUACUGAGCCUUGUGGUUUGCCUUGGUUGACUGUCGCUAUGGAAGGUAGUUUGGUGGUAGGUGUGAUUCUAAUGAGGACAGGCAUGGAAAGUGUCGGGAGAGCUGAUGGUUGGAUGUGUUGGUUAGGUUUAAUGGUCCUUAAGAAGGAAGGUUGGCAAGAGUCUGCUUGUUGUUUGGCUUGUCUGGGUCCAGAGUAGCUCUUAGUUUUGCGUUGUGUACGGUGCAGGCCUUGAAUGAGGAAUCUGUCACAUUGAUCAGCACAACCUAAUAUUUUAUAUUGUUUCAGGGUGAAGAACAACAAAUGGCAGACCACAAGAUGGACAGUUUCUUCUCCCCUGAGGCAAGUGUACAAUUAAUGCAUAUUAACAUCUAUGACAUGUUCAGCUGUCUUCCCCCAUCCCUUUUUUUUUUUUUUUUUUUGGGCAGCAAUCCAGAACAAAGCAAGCACCAACCAUACAGGGAGGGGUAUGUCGUGGUUCCACUUAAGUUUGUGUCCACUUCCUCACUAACUCACUGGGUGUGCACCAUCUAACACUGACAAUGAUUUUUUUGGGGGGGUUCAGAGAUGUGCAUUGAUACAAGGCAACAAUGCUGAAACUUGUUGAUCAGUAAAAUGUACUUUGAAAUGUGCUUUCAAUGUUUUUUUUAUUUUUUGGAGGUUUGUCUUUUUCAGAACAAUGUAUAAUGCAGGCUGAUGUUUCAGUGUAAUAUACUGUAAUUUGUGUUUACAAAAUAAAAUGUUUUUGGAGUGUU